GUAAACUCACGUGAUAUAACUUGAAUAUAAGUGAAACCGGCAAAUAUCGAGACAUUGUAAAUUUAUUAUUUAAAUUGAAAAUUAAAAUAAACAAUUUAAAUAUGGAUGCCAUGGUUAUUAGAAAUAUGAAAGACUUUCAACUUUUGUUUAAUCAAAUGUCUGAAACAUGUUUUAAAACUUGUGUAAAUACAUUUAUGUCAAGAGAUAUAUCUACAGAAGAGGUUCAAUGUAUAGAAAAUUGUUCGGGCAAGCACAUUAAUGCAAAUCAUAAAAUAAUGGAAAUAUUUAUGGAUGUACAACGUACUAUCGCUUUAAAAAAUGUGGAAGAAUUUCAAAAAGCUCAGGCAGCAUUUGAAGUGGCUCAAAAAGAUCAAAAUUCAGAAAGUACUAGUGUGGCUUCCAGUGCAGUUUGAUUUCCAG